GGGGGAGUCACCGUUCAGCCCGCCGCACCCGUACGUCAGCCCCCACAUGGAGCACUACCUACGCACGGUGCACGGAAGCCCCACCCUCUCCAUGAUCUCAGCCGCCCGAGGACUGAGCCCCGCUGAAGCUCCAGCUCUCUCCCUCCCCCACGUGGAGGACCAGAAUGCGGGCUGAUGUUGGAUUAAUAUGCAUAUUGGUGGAAACUGGUGGGAAAUGGGAAACGGGGUUGGUAGCACUAGGAGGGGGAUGUUGGGGAGGCCUCUCUCAAACUGAUAAACCAAAAAAUCUGGACCCAUCAGAACUUGCGUGCGUGCAUGUGUGUGUGUGUGUGUGUGUGUGUGUGUGUGUGUGUGUGUGUGCGUGUGUGUGUGUGUGUGUGUGUGUGUUUGUGUGUGAGCGGGUGCGUGUGCGUGUGGCGUGUGUGUGUGCGUGCGUGCGUGUGUGUGUAUGUGUGCGUGAGCGUGUGUGUGCUUGGGUUAUCUUUGUACACUUAGCGGAUGCGGUUGUGUAUUCCUUCACACACACAGCCCGCCCCUCUAACCCUACUCCAUCUCUCCCUCUGCUUCCUUUAUCCCCUAGAGAUUAUUUCCCCACAUCCCAGCAAGCCUCAAAGACAUCACAUAUCUUUUAUCAAAAGCUUCACACCCCGGGGCAUGAACAGAAGUGGAUCUAGAAUCCAGGGCAUUUGUUCCCUCUGUUGAACUCAUCUCAGCUUCUUUGUUUUUGUCUUUCUGUCGAGGCCUGUGUCAAACAUGUCAGUGAACAUAUUUAAAUACAGGAAAAUUAGAGGCAGAAUGUAUUUUUCUCAGCAUCUCCAAGUUGUCAGAUCUAUUUAGCAUUACUUCAGUUGUUAUGGUCUCUACUGCUUGGUCAGUUCCUCUCUACUGUAUUAUGAAACACAGACUUUUCCCCUUGCCUUGUUUCCCAUUUAAAGCAGUCUUCUCCUCCUUGCUGUGCUUCAGUGACAAAUGAACACUUGAAGGAGCGGGCCCUGUUCAGUUUCCCUCCUCUACCACCGGGUACCAACCCCACAGAGUACUACCACCUGAUGGCCAACGCCAGCCAGCGGAACCCGUACGGCGACCUGCUGAUGCAGAGCGGCGCCGCUGCAGCGGCGGCCGCUGUGGCAGCUCAUCUGCCUGAGUACAUCAGCCCUGUAGAUGUUUCCCGUUUUUCCAGCCCCCGGCUCACACCUCGACUAAGCAGGAAGAGGGCUCUGUCCAUCUCCCCGCUGUCAGACGCCAGCAUCGACCUGCAGACCAUGAUCCGCACCUCACCCAAUUCUUUAGUGGCCUACAUCAACAACUCCCGCUCCAGCUCAGCUGCCAGCAGCUCAUACGGGCACCUUUCAGUCGGCGGCAUCAGCCCCUCCUUCAGCUUCCCUCAUGCCAUCAAUCCUGUGGCGUACCAGCAGCUGUUGACCCAGCAGAGGGGUCUCAACGCCUUCGGCCACACACCUCCUGUCGUCCAGCCGCCGCCGUCCUCCUUUUCUUCCCGCCAGCACCCGCUCACUGCUUCACCGAUGUCUACCUCCCACAACAGUUCCAGCUCUGAGACAAACCAGAAUGCCAGUGGCGACCCAGCGGUGAGCAGCACAGUCAACCCACUGACCACCAAGCGAUCAAAGGUGAAGACGGAAGCCGAAGGGCCGAUGCCCAUCUCACCGAGCUCUCAGGACCACGGCGGAGGGAUCCUAGACCUGAGUGAAGAUCUGGAUAAGGACGAAUGCAAACAGGAGCCCGAGGCCGUGUAUGAGACCAACUGCCACUGGGAGGACUGCACCAAGGAGUACGACACCCAGGACCAGCUGGUCCAUCACAUCAACAAUGAUCACAUCCAUGGUGAGAAGAAGGAGUUUGUUUGUCGCUGGGAGGAGUGUUCUCGGGAGCAGAAGCCAUUCAAGGCUCAGUACAUGCUGGUGGUCCACAUGAGACGACACACGGGGGAAAAGCCACAUAAAUGCACAUUUGAGGGCUGCUCCAAAUCGUACUCUCGCCUGGAAAACCUCAAGACCCACCUCAGGUCUCACACCGGAGAGAAGCCGUACGUGUGUGAGCAUGAAGGGUGCAACAAGGCCUUCUCCAAUGCUUCGGACCGGGCCAAGCACCAGAACCGCACACACUCAAAUGAGAAACCGUAUGUGUGUAAAAUCCCGGGUUGUACCAAGCGCUACACAGACCCCAGCUCCCUCAGGAAGCACGUUAAGACGGUACACGGACCAGAAGCCCACAUCACCAAGAAGCAGCGAGGCGAUGUUCCUCCGAGGCUGCAGCCGCCCAAAGGCAACGGGGAAAAUGAAGCGAAUUCCAAGCACAGUGCAAGAGGUGUGGACAGCAAGACUGAGGCCAACAGCACCUCUAGAGGCACGGAGGACUGCCUUCAAGGCCAGUCCAUCAAGACUGAGAAUUCUAUGAUGUAUCAGUCCAGUCCUGGUGGCCACUCGUCAUGCAGCAGUGAGCCAUCACCUCUCGGCAGCACCAACAACAACAACGACAGUGGGGUAGAGAUGGCCAUGCAUAGUGGGGGCAGCUUCGGGGACCUCAGUGCACAGGAGGAGUGCCCCAUGGUUGACUCCACUGUUCACACUGGGGGACAGCACGCUGGGGUGGGGCUGCAACUGAGAAAAGGUGGUGGCAUCACCAUCAAGCUGGAGAACAUUAAGAAGGAAAGGCUGAAAAUCGUGCGGGACUCCUGCCCCUGGGGCAACUCCACACCUCCGGCACCACAGGGCCAGCGCAACAGCAUGAAGCUGCCCCCCAUACCAGCAGUUGGUUCCCUGAUGGAAAACUCCAGCAUGAUGAACACCUUAGGUGCUCUGUACCCCAGCCAACGCAUGGGUGACCUGUCUUCAUGUGAGGUGACACUGCUGAACCAGCUGAAUGAACGCCGUGACAGCACCACCAGCACAAUCAGCUCAGCCUACACCCUGAGCCGGCGCUCCUCCGGCAUUUCACCCUGUUACUCCAGUCGUCGCUCCAGUGAGGCCUCUCACUUCGGUGCCAACCGCCACAACAACAUCAGUUCAGCUGACUCGUAUGACCCCAUCUCCACGGACCUGUCUCGCCGCUCCAGUGAGGCGAGUCAGUGCGGAGGUGGUGGAGUAGGCGGAGGAGGCAUCCCAAGCCUCCUUAGUCUAACACCGGCUCAGCAUUACCGGCUGAAGGCAAAGUACGCUGCUGCCAUUGGUGGAGCUCCACCUACGCCUCUCCCCAAUAUGGAUCGUAUGAGUCUGAGGACACGCAUGGCAUUGUACAGCGACUCUCAGGAAGGUUCACACGCGUUUCCUCAGCCACUCUGUGGAGCACAGCCACGACGAUGCAGCGACGCUGGAUAUGGCAACCAGAGCAUAAUGCCCCAUGAGGUCCCCACCAACCUCCCACGGCGCGCCAGUGAUCCAGUGCGUCGUCCCACACUCGAACACCUUUCAUUUCCAAGGGUUCAACGUUAUAACAGCAUGAACAGCAUGAACCCUAUGAAUGCUCCAGCAGUCUCUGAAUGCCAUCAGGCACUAGCCAUGCAGGGCUACACCCGCUCUGAUGGCAGCCUGCAACGCUACCCAUUUGCUCCCAGACCACCUAGCAUUUCUGAGAAUGUAGCCAUGGAGAACAUGGCAAUAGAUGGGACGAUGACUGCAGGCGAGCAGGGUGGAGAGGAUGAUAUGGUGCUUCCAGAUGAUGUGGUGCAGUACCUCCAGUCCCAAAAUUCGGGCCCCUUAUGUCACAACGCAGGGCAAGGGGACUAUCAUUAUAAUAAUCAGCCUCAGGCCUAUGGGACAGGCACGGCCCCACCAGCAGCACUCUAUGCACAUAGGAGGAUGGCCAUGGUGGAUGCCACCGCUGGUCAGUCUGGCCAGGUCAAGCAAUCCUGCCAAAUUGGUCCCAGUGACCCCCAGCCGCCCUUCUCGGACAAUAAGAAAAAGAAUAGCAUGCCAGUACAGUGGAAUGAGGUGAGCUCAGGGACCGUGGACUUGAAAGCAAAGCUUUCCAAACAACAGCAGCAAUCUCUCAAGGGGAACCCAGCUAUUGUUCAGCAGAGGUACAAUUUUGGUUCCUUCCAGGUGCAUGGUCAGGGCCUGAGCAGCAACCAGCAGGUAAUGCCCAUGAGUCAAAACCUUUCUGUGCAGGGGUGUGUUAACCAAAGCAGCCAGAGGAUGACAAACAUCGCCCACCAGCUACUCCAGCACCAGCGGCAAUGCAGCAACAUGAACUUUAAUGAGCAAAUGAAUCUUCAGCAAAGGGUAGGACCAGAGGCCGCCUCAAAUUCUGUCUCUAGGAGCAUGAAAUCUACCUACAACACCAUGACAGAUCCAGAACUGCAAAGUUACAGAACAAGGACACAAGCUGAUGUGUCUCAUGUGAACCCAGUGGAUCAGCAACAAAGCUACAAUAUUCUCUCCCAACAGAACCACAUCCAUAAUGGAGCCAGAGUAAUGUUACAGCCCCACCCUCCCACAGAGCCCAAGUCGACAAGACACCUAACAGCUUCAAGCAUGAUGCAGCCAUGCCGGUUAGCCAAGCCCACUGAUCUGAGUCCCAGUCGUGCUAAUGAGACCUCAGAAGCCAGCCCAAAGAGACCUACUGGGUCGGUUGUGCACAACAGCAACUCUCAGAAUCCAAACUCUGCUGUGUUCUACACAGGUCAGAUUCAUGUGUUUGAGCCAGCCUCCGUCAGCUUUGACACCCCCAUGUCCCCUUGUGCUGGCCAGGCUCCAACCAACAACAACGCAGCAGCAAACAAUAUGGCCUCACCAGGUGUCAACCAGGUCUCCAGCAGCACAGUGGAUUCUACUGGUGGAUCUGUGGGCGCAGAGCACACCCAGAUUGAUUUUGAUACCAUGUUAGACGAUGGAGACCACUCCAGCCUAAUGUCAGGGACACUGAGCCCUGGUCUCCUGCAGAGCCUUUCCCAGAGUUCCUCCCGUCUGACCACCCCUCGCAACUCCGUCACCCUUGCAUCUGUGCCGACGGGGAUUGGCAACAUGGCCAUCGGUGACAUGAACUCCAUGCUCACAGCCUUGGCUGAAGAAAGCAAGUUUCUCAACAUGAUGAGUUGAGAGCAAAAAGACCUCAUCAUCCAUCCAUUCCCAUCAAGUCUAUAUCCGGAAUAUAUGGCCUAGAGAAGAAAGCACUGACUGAACAAUGCAAAAUUUGCUGUUUCUUUACUGUUCAUAGUAAUAUGCUUAUCUUGUACUACCUGCUCUGAGUAUAAUAUGUUACAUUAAAACAUCAUAGUAAAUAUAUCUAAGUUGAGGACCAUGUUCUAUUUCAUUUCUUGAAAGCCAUACUUCUUAGCCACAGAAACAUGACAGCCAAGGCUACAUAAAUGACUCUACAACAACUGCCAUUCAGUAUUUGGGUUUGGUGUUUACAAAGUGGUGCACUGGAAGCAGUUCAUAUAGUGCCUUGGUUAAGCAUCUAACAUUGACACAGAGUUACCGGAAAUGGAAUUAUACUGUAUGUACAUAUCAGACGCUAUUUUUCUCAUGAAGACGUAUGUGUGUUAAUUGUACUCAAUGGUACCUGCUUUAAGUUAUGCUGUAGACUUUUAAUGUUUAAACUAGUGCUGUCAUUGGCACAGUUUAAUUUUCAUUUUGUGUAAAAUACAGUUACUGGAUCUAUUAUGUGUUAAUUACCAGCUACCUUGUAAAGACAGGUCUAGGUUUUGAAUUUCUGACCAUUCAGAACGCUUCUAUUUCAGAUGUAUCCAAUUUAUAAUUAUGACAGAACUACGCAAUAUUGAGCACUGAGGUUAAAGAACACAGUCAGAGGCCAAUAACACACAAAACUCACAUGUGCCUUUUUAGAGUAAAAAGAAAUGUUUGUACUGUUUAUGCAUCUAUUUAGCUUUCUUUACAGAAGAAAGCUGCUUGUUUUUGGAACAACUGUUUUGAUUAUGUCAUAAUACAGCAUUUGACAGCCCUAGUUUAAACAUGAUUGUACAGAUUUACGGCCGAUAGAUUGAUAGAUCAAGUGCUUUUUGAUCAUGGUCUGAGCCCUUGGGGGGCAGAUUUCCUCCUGGAUCAGAGGCGCUUUCCAUGGCCCGGUCCCGCAAGGGCAAAUGAUUGAAAAGGACAAGGAUAUGCCUCUUGUUAGUAUAUCAGGGCACAUGAACCCCUAUGUCUGAUAAAAAGCAUUCUCUAAAAGAAUAUACAAGUACCUCUGCGUGUUCUCAGAAGAGAUCCAAGCCUAAUUAAUGCAUUCAGAACACCCCCCUUUGUUGCACCCCACACCUCCCCUGGGUUCUGACUGAACUGCCGAAAGUCCAGGAAGGAAUCCUUUUCAAAAAGGACUGGUGAACUGGCCCUCUUAAUUUCUUAGUUAUAUUAUGUUGUAAAGCUAAGUUUCUUUCAAAGUAGUUUUGAAAUGUAUGUGUGAUAUGCUACUAUUCACUUUUACUUGUGGUGAAUGUGUGGUUUUGAAUGAAUGUGUAUAUAGAUUUUGUAAAUUUCAAAUAAACAAUGUCUUUUCCCCGUUUAAA